CCUACGUUAUCUGUAUAAGAUGUCCCUGGCGGUCUCGUUGCGACGAGCUCUUCUGGCGCUACUCUCCGGAGCCAUCUUCAUCCUGACGGUGCUCUACUGGAACCAGGGAACCAUCAAAACUCAGGCCUACAAUGAGGCCCUAGAACGCCACCCCAGCCAUCGGGAUGCCAGUGCCUUUCCCAUACCCGUCGAGAAGUCCUGGACGUACAAGUGCGAGAAUGACCGAUGCAUGCGAGUGGGCCACCACGGCAAGUCCGGCAAGCGCGUCUCGUUCAUCAGUUGCUCCAUGACGUGCGGCGACAUUAACAUCUGGCCCCAUCCCACCCACAAACAUGUGCUUAGUCCGCACACGCACAGCUUCUCCGUGGACGAUGUGCAACUGCAGGUGGACACUACUCAUCGGGAGGUCCGCAAGCAGCUGCAAACUGUCUUUGACUGGUUUCUGAAGGAUCUGCGACAGAUUCAGCGGCUGGACUAUGCCGGGAGUGGUUCAGAGCCCGCGGUCAGCGAAUCCUCGUCAUCGAAAUCCCGACGUCACACCCAACAGGACUCGGAACCAGCAGCCACGCUAUUCGGCGCCACCUUCGGGGCAAAGCAGGCCGGAGAUUUGUCCAGCGUUCAGGUCAAGAUCGCCGUACACAAGUCGGGAGACCUCAACUUUAGUCUCGACAACGAUGAGAGCUACUACCUAACAUCGAAUACCGAUGGGCACCGUUUGCUGGUGGAAAUCACUGCGAAUUCGUACUUCGGGGCCCGUCAUGGCCUUUCCACGCUGCAGCAACUAAUCUGGUUUGAUGACGAGGAUAGACUUCUGCACACCUAUGCCAGCAGCAAGGUUAAGGAUGCCCCCAAGUUCCGGUACCGCGGCUUGAUGCUGGACACAUCGCGGCACUUCUUCUCCGUGGAGGCCAUCAAGCGGACGAUCAUGGCCAUGGGCCUGGCCAAGCUGAACCGAUUCCACUGGCAUCUAACUGAUGCCCAGAGUUUUCCCUACAUUUCGCGGUACUAUCCCGAGCUGGCCGAGCACGGAGCCUACUCGGAGAGCGAGACUUACACAGAGCAGGAUGUGCGGGAAGUGGCGGAGUUUGCCAAGAUAUAUGGAGUGCAGGUGAUUCCGGAAAUCGAUGCUCCAGCCCAUGCGGGCAAUGGCUGGGAUUGGGGACCUAAACGCGGCAUGGGUGAGCUGGCGAUGUGUAUUAACCAGCAGCCCUGGAGCUUCUACUGCGGCGAGCCGCCUUGCGGUCAGCUGAAUCCGAAGAACAACCACACCUACCUCAUUCUGCAGCGCCUGUACGAGGAGCUGCUGCAGCAGACGGGACCCACGGACCUCUUCCACCUGGGUGGCGAUGAGGUGAACCUUGAUUGCUGGGCGCAGUAUUUUAAUGACACGGAUCUGCGCGGCAUGUGGUGCGACUUUAUGCUCCAGGCAAUGGCCAGACUAAAAGUGGCCAACAAUGGAGUGGCGCCCAAGCAUGUGGCAGUCUGGUCGAGUGCCCUCACCAACACCAAGUGUCUUCCAAACAGUCAAUUCGCCGUACAGGUCUGGGGCGGCAGCACCUGGCAGGAGAACUACGACCUGCUCGAUAACGGCUAUAAUGUGAUCUUCUCGCACGUGGACGCUUGGUACUUGGACUGCGGCUUUGGCAGUUGGCGGGCCACUGGCGAAGCUGCCUGUGCUCCCUACCGCACCUGGCAAAAUGUCUACAAGCACCGCCCGUGGGAGCGGAUGCGAUUGGACAAAAGGCGCAAGAAGCAGGUGUUGGGUGGUGAGGUGUGCAUGUGGACCGAACAGGUGGACGAAAAUCAGCUGGAUAACCGGCUGUGGCCCAGAUCUGCUGCCUUAGCUGAACGCCUCUGGACGGAUCCCAGUGACGAUCAUGACAUGGAUGUUGUGCCGCCGGAAGUGUUCCGCAGAAUCUCAUUGUUCCGAAACCGCCUUGUCGAGCUUGGGAUUAGGGCUGAAGCCCUGUUUCCCAAAUACUGUGCCCAGAAUCCCGGGGAAUGCAUUUGAUAUUACCUCUAAGAAGUAAAGGGAAACUCCUCCAAAACCCCCAACCCCUCCCGAAAUGUGCGUUAGUUAGUUAAUAGUCUAAUUGUUAUUUUAUACGGAUACCUAGGCUUCGAUUUGAAAGUAAGCAGGCGACUGUUUUAAAUGGUUUCUGGCAUAAACCAUAAUGACUCGAAUUUCGUUUUCAUAGAACAAAACACACACUAUACGAACACACACCCACACUUAGUACAAUUCAUUUUGAAUUAUUGCGCACACAGACAUUACAGAGUACAGAACGUAGAACGAUCGGAUGUGAGCAGGAAAGACCUGGUAGGGAAUCAAGUUGAGGUUGACGAUUAGGGCUCAUAGACUUGUAGAUUUCAUACGCAUCAAAUCACAGACAUAGGCUUAUGAUAUAUAUAUACAAUUGUAUUAAUACGUAGACUUAGAAGAGCAACCACGUAUAGGGAAUGACAAACUUUUGAUAUUUUUAAAAGCUUUAUUCGCAGAACAUUAAUCGAUAAGUUUAACGUUACAUCAAAUGAUCUUUUAUGUUUCUUUGGUUUUCUUUCUUUGUCGCUUCUAAGUUAAAUACAUUAAAUUAAAUUACAUUUUCAGUGAUAUAAACAAUGUGACCUUAAAAUCAGAAGAACAAAAACUGCUAAGAGACGAGUAAAGUAAACCUAGAAUUAGCAUUAACAAUUAAUCGUUACGAAAACUUUUUGCACGCAUUGGCACAUAACUGACACUCGACUAGCAAAUUAGUAGCUAAUUUAGGAUCUACACUAACUGGGGGACAAUGGUUGGGGCAUUCACAGUUUUGUUUAUUUUCAAUAUUUCUAAAUACAUAUUUUACAUUCGGAAUGAUUAAUUAAAUCCCUAUUUUAGCAACUUGUUUCUCGUACUUAAUUAAGACUUUGAGGAAAACGAACAACCGAAUUCAUGAAUCUGCAUUAGUUUACGAUUUUCCGCUGUAACUCCAAGUCACUUUCGAAAAUAAAUUUCAAAUCCAGUCUAA